AUGUUGACAUGCGUAAAAACUACACUUCCCCAAAGCUGUCACAGAGCGCUCCCGCCUCCCAUUGGCUGGCCGCUCCAGCCGCAGCCCCAGAGAAUGAAUGAAAUUGAAAUAGCUGCUACAUUACAUGUACAAUACCGGGCUCUGCAGUGUUGCAUUCUAUCAUACUAUAUCAAAAUGGCCACAGCGGUACAGAACCCCCUCAAAUCGCAAUCUGGAGGUGCAGUCAUCAAGAACAGUCUUGGUGAAGAGUUCUACAAGGAGGCCAUUGAACACUGUCGGAGCUACAAUGCCCGUCUCUGUGCCGAGCGCUCCAUGCGCCUCCCCUUCUUGGACUCCCAGACCGGUGUGGCCCAGAGCAACUGUUACAUCUGGAUGGAAAAGAACCACCGUGGACCAGGUCAUGCCCCAGGUCAGUUGUACACAUAUCCUGCUCGCUGCUGGCGCAAGAAGAGGCGGCUAAACAUUCUGGAGGAUCCACGGCUUGUACCUAUCGAGUUCAAGAUCGACUACGAGGCCUCACUGAAGAAGGAGGGGGGUAUUCCAGAUGGUCCCGUGCUGGAGUCCCUCCUCGCCGGGGAAACCCUGGACAAGAAGGUAGAAACCAAGGAAGAAGAGCCAAUGAGCGAGUGCCAGAAGUUGCUGGUUGGGGAUUUCCCUCAUGAGCUGGAGGUGGAUGAGAUGGAGGAAGAUGUCCCAAAGCGCAAGAACCGUACCAAAGCACGGGCCUAUGGAGUUGGGGGCAUGAGGAAGAGACAAGAGCCGCCCGCCAUCGAAGACAGAGACAAGCCUUACGUCUGCGACAUCUGUGGAAAGCGCUAUAAGAACCGUCCCGGGCUGAGUUACCAUUACACUCACACACAUCUGGCAGAUGAGGAGGGUGAAGAAGACUCAGAGCGGCACACACUCCCCUUUCAACGCAAGAACAACCACAAGCCCAAGAAAGCAGCAGACGGCUCAGUGAUCGCCAACGGCUACUGUGACUUCUGCCUCGGAGGCUCAAAGAAGACAGGCUGUCCUGAAGACCUUAUCUCCUGUGCGGACUGUGGGCGCUCAGGCCACCCGUCCUGUCUCCAGUUCACAGUGAACAUGACGGCUGCAGUGAGGACUUAUCGCUGGCAGUGCAUCGAGUGCAAGUCCUGCAGCCUGUGUGGCACUUCUGAGAACGACGACCAGCUGCUGUUCUGUGAUGAUUGUGACAGAGGCUACCACAUGUACUGUCUGAGCCCUCCUAUGUCUGAACCACCAGAGGGGAGCUGGAGCUGUCAUCUGUGUCUGAGACAACUGAAGGAGAAGGCCUCAGCCUACAUCACCCUCACUUAAUCUGCAGAGCUGCACAUCAUCCUCUUGGCCCUUCAUCCUUUCCCAAACCACCGCUCUGUCACCCCUCUUUGUGCCUCAACUGCCCCUCUCCUAUUUUGAUCUACCCUCCGCCACUUCCUCUACAAUCUGCCCCUGUGACCUUCGACACGAGUGAGCACACAGCACAGACAGUGCUGCACCCAUUCUUGAACAUCCCUCCGAUACAAAAAGCCAACCUCCAUCCUUUAGUGUCACUCACAUUUCCUGUUGUGCUUGACCUGAAACCCCACCUUCCCCUUCAUUCUCUGCCUCAACAGUGGAAUUCAUCAGCUGGCAAUAAGUUUGCUAGCUAGACACACACUCCAGCCUGCCAAGGGCACUUCAGAGGCAUACUACUCCACAGGAACCCUCUUAAGGGCCCUCAGAAGAGCCCUAAUGAUCUUCAGCUGCAACUCAGUCAAGUAGUGAGUGAGAAUUAAUAAGAUGGAUAGGUGUUAGGCAGAGGACAGGGCUUGGAAGACCCUGGAUAACCAUGGAGCAGUAGGUUUCAGUGUUAGUCAACUGUGAAAUACCCACCGAACCAAAUUUUCAUUUACUCCCUCUGUCCUUUACCAAGUAUGGCAGAACUGAGACCCUGCACUCUACUCCAUUAUUCGUCUGCAGGGUUUGCGUCCCUGUGCAUUUCCAGAGGGGAAGAAAUUGUACAAAAUUCAGAUGGACUGUCAACACACUCUUUAAAACUCCUCUCACUUGCAAACAAUGAGCAUCUGGUCAGAGAUUUAAACCAUCCUUGACCUCACCCUCUCUCUUUGCAUGGGGUUUCCACAAAUAAGUGUUGCAUUUUGGGAUUGAUACUGAAGGUUUUACUGUUCGGACAUCAUCCUCAGAUGACAGGGGAGAUGGAUUUUCUCUAAUCAGCUCUCUCUGAUCAAACGGUGUAUUUAAAAAUGACAAUUUAGGCUUAGCGUCUCUCACAAAUCCUUUACCUGACUUUUAUUCGCCCUUCCCUUCUAUGAAACAAUGACUGUGAAGCCAAUGCGAGACUGAAACGCUCCUGGUGCUUGGUGUGUAUUGUGUGUGUUCAGAAUGUAGGACUGAUGUGUGGACAAUGCAGAUCUUUGUCUCUGGCCCAUGCAAGGGCCUAAAAACUUCUUUUUUAUGAUUCCUUUUUAAAUUUUUUUCAUUUGCAUGUUGUUAAUUCAAUUGUUUUUGAGGAAUUUUAAUUGAAAUUGAGAAGAAAGCACACUUAAUUCGCAAUAAUGUGUUUGUGAUAUGGACUGUUUUGGCCAAACUGAGUGUUCAAAACUAUGUGUGGGUCCAUAUGUCUCUCUUUGUGUGUGUGACUGUUUCUGAGUGCUACAAAAAGUUUGGCCAGUGCUAUGCUAGGUUGAUCUGCGAGAGGAUUUGUGUGGUAAGAAGGUUAUGUGAAUGUAAGUCAGCAUUUACUUUUUACGCUUUGUGUCUGACAGUGACAGAAGUAGGACAAAGUCAUUGUUUUGCAAGUCACAUGGACAUCUUCACCAACACGUCCCAAGAAAAGUCCACACUUUAAAUACUGAGUCUGCAGUCCUGAAAAAUAUGCCAGAACAGCCUAUGGUGCAUGGUCCUUAAAAGCAAACAAACACGCUCUAGAAACUAGUCUGUCUUAGUCAUUUACAACCAAAAUAUGCACAUUAAUCAUUUUGUCAACCAGGGUACUUCUAAGAUAAUUUGUCCCACAAUAUUUCAAGUCUUUGAACUUGUUGAGAGUACAAAGGGGCAGAAGUACAGGUGAACUCACAUCCCAACAUAAAGGAUAAAUCUACCAUUUUGCUGGUAAAAAAAAUUAUAAUUUCAUCAAUUGAGGACACAGAAAGACUAAUGCCAGGAAUAUAUUCAUCCUACAAAUGGUAUUGUCCUUAUCUCUGUAUAUCAGAUUUUAAUUAUUCAUCUGGACCAUAGAGCACCACAGCUGGAUAAGAACUACUGAAAAGCAGCACCGUGAAUCGUCACCAUUUCAAGUCAUGUUUGUUUUUGGCAAAACUGAUGACAGGUAAUUUCUAAAAUAAAUAACUAAAUAAUAAAAAGUCAUGUAGCAAUCAUAAGAUUUCACCUGCAUUUAACAGUGGAUAGAGUUAGGAAAUGUGGGAAAGAGAUGAAAAGCAAAUGAGCACCAGCCAAUAUGUACUCAAAUCAGUGUGUUUGUGUCCGUGUGAUAUGAGCCCUAACCUUUUGGCUUUGCCCCAGUGAAGCAGUAAUAAUCAAUCAGGGGAUUUUACAACAUAUACAAAAAAGCUAAAACAUAUUACAUAGAUGGACAAUACCAUUAGUAGGAUGAAUUCUGCCAUUAGUGUUUCCAUAGGAUUUGAAAUCAAGCUCCAGAAAAGUCGAAUUUGUGCCCAAAGUGUUCAAGUUCAUGUACGUUGUUUGACCUAAUCCAAGCCAUGUGACUUGAAUCUGCACCUCUGAACAACCGUAAACACCUACAGUUUGUAUUAGCUUUGUGUCCUGCAAAACACAUGCUCUCCUGUUCUAUCACAGUUAGAGAAGGAAGAGGGAGAAAAAGUUGAAGUUAUAUAUCUGCUGCCUGCCAGUCUGCUCUGCACGUAUAAGUCAGCGCUUGAAGACCAAGCUGAAAUGUUGAGGCUGACUUUUUCAUAAUGGGAUGAAUCUAACCAGCCAGCAUGUGAUUUUGUGAACUUGUACCAAGAAAAACCUUUUUUUCUUUUUAACCCAAAGGCCCACUAUGUUAGCUCAAAGUUUGUCUCAGAGUUGCCUUAGGAUGUGCAGUUGAACUGGACAUCUCAAGGCAACUUUACCAGGCACACUGAGGGAUUGCUGAAGUGCAAGUGCUGAUUUAGGAGGAUGUUUUCUACAUUUCUAAAUUCUUUGUUAGUAUAAUGAAAGCAUCCAUCCAAUGAUCCAUGAGCUUUAAGCUUGGAGACAAUAGCUGUAAAUAGGGGAUUAAAUUAAAGGCAACAAAUUGCUAUUUCAUACCAUGUUUCAUAAUGUUAUGUACAUAUCAAAGUAUAACGUAGGUGAAAUUCAGUUGGUUUUGGUUUGAAUGGCCAUUAUAAUUUAAUGCUGCAUCAAAUUUCUUAACGGAGUUUGCAAAAUCAGAUGGAUUGUGAACUUGUACCUGAAUAUUACUACGUUUGCCAUCUGGUACGGAAAGACAUUAGGUACAAAAUACUGUGCUAUCCCUCAAGUCAAUGUAAAGCCACUGAUGCAUGAAUGACACCUGAAAUGUUUCUGAUUUCAAAUUUUGAGAUCAUCAAUAUUACUUGUUUUUUUUAAGACAUGGUCAGAAAGAACCUUUAACUUCUGUUCAUUCCCUAAUUGUUUUCUUCUCUGGUUUGUAAUCUGCAUUUUUCCACAUUUUGCACAGUGUGGAUGCAUUGGUCUGAAAGUGUGUGCGUUUGUGUGUCAGUAACCAUUUAUGAUUACAGGUCAGAGAAAACUAAAUGAACCAAAUAAGUUAAAUAUUAUUGUGCACACAUUUUCUUUUCAGACUCGCUUGCAUCGCACAGUGUUGCGAGAGGAUUGUAACAGUGAGUACAGAUCACAACAAAGUGAGCGUGUCAGUCGGAUUAAGAAGUAUGUUGUUUCAUUCUAUAGUGUGUUAAAUCAGUGUUAUAUUUGCCAACAAAUUCAGAAGUAUCCAAUCAAAAAGUGUUUAUUUCCAUCAACUAAUCAUUGCUUGUAGUGUGAUGUCUAGACCGGAUGUGUGUUUGAGUUUUAAAUACACUGAUGAUGUUCGGUAGAAUAUGAUGGAGAUGUUUGUGUGACGGACGGACGAUGAUGCCAAUGGUGACUGAAAAACCUUUAUACUGGGAGCUUUCCUAGCACUUAAGAGAAGAAGCAUGGUGGAGUCAAAUUCAUUUUGAUUGUACUAUCUGGGGAGGGUGGGGUGCCAUGUUGGGGUCUUGGAAAGGUUGGUGGUAUCAGUGUGAUUAUUAAAGAAACCUUGAGCCUUUGUACAAAUGGAAAAAUUGGUGUCGAUGGUCGAUGGUGAGGUCUUAUAAAGCCACACCGGGAACUUCCAGGCCUCAAGCCGACGCCAUUUCCCCCACUUUCGCCCAGUUCAGUCAGAGGGUUGAGACUUUGGGCUAAUCUAGGCCUCUUGUAAAUUGUUGUUCUGUGAUCUUGCUUGCACUUUUUUUUCAUUUCCCAAACACAAGAACUAAUUGUAAGUAUGUAUGUGUGCGAGUGCGGGUGCACUUUUUAUUUUUAUCUUUACAUUUUUUCAAAGUGAUUGUCUGUUGUAAAAACAACACUGGAUAAAGAUGAGUUUUUAAUUUGUAUUUUUUACCUUUGGAAGAAGAUGAAAUCUUCUGGACAUUUUUUAACCCCUCCCUCCCUACAUUUCCUUUCUCUCUCUCUCUCUGUCUUUCUGUCUGUCUGGUACCUGGGAAUGCUUUGAAAUGUGGACUGUGACCGCAUUGCUGUCAUCACUGCUGUCAGUCAUUCUCUGUGAAUUCAUCCGGCUUUCUCAAUUUACCUAGUUUUUUCUCUCUCCCCUUGACUCAUUUUUUCCAUUAAAAAGAUGAGAUUGAAAAAUGA